AGGUCUAACUGCAUGUACCGUACCGUACGCUGCUGUGCUUCGGACGCGGUGUGUUCCUGCUCGAGGUUGUGGGCGCGCGAAAAGCCUGCUGCGCAUCUUGUGUCACAGAUCGAGGUGAUCACCCUCUCGCGCUUCACGGUCGAUGCCAUCGCCUCUUGGACUGUCUUCUUUUGGGCGGGCACCUCGAUCGCAGUCGCGAGUGUAGAGACUCACAUCUCAUCUCCUCUCGACUCAAGACUUCAGACGACGCAUUCACUCAAGCUUGGCUCCAACCCUUCGUGACCGAUCUCACGUGCGAGCUCAUGCCAGCGGCGAUCAAAAGGCCAACGACCAAUGCGCUGC